UCAGUUGGAUUCGAGGAUUGAAAAUGAACGUUAGUUAUUUUUAAUUUUCCCCUCGAUUUAAGACAUUUUUUUGCUUACAAAUUAAAUAAAAUAUAAAAUUGAAUAAGAAGUGUUGAUUAUCAUCUAUAUCUGUAUCACACAUUAAGUGCUCUACAUAUUUUAUAUUAGAUGCUUUUAUUCCUUACACACAUUUUUAUUUGUUGUUGUUAACAUUAAGUGCACUUUUUUGUAACAUAAGAUUGGAUAUAUCAAGAAGAAGAAAAUAAUUUUAAUUGAAAAUUUAGAAUGGAAUUCAAUUGAAGAAAAGAAACACUAAACAUUUAUGUGAAUAUACAUCUGUGAAAUCGGCAAAAAAAAACAAUUUUUGUUGUUGGAUGAUAUGAUGUGUAUAGUUUGAAAUAAAAAAUAAUAAAAGAAACCACCAAAAAAAAAAAAAAUACUAAUAAUAAUAAAAGAAAAAACUCUUUUUGAAGAUGAAUGAAAGAAAACAAGAAGAAAAAUUAAUAAUACGUUCAAUUAAGUGUUAAAUUACUAUGAUUGCAAAUAUCGAAUGGAUGAACAAAAAAACAUAUCUAUAAAAAAAUAAGCGAAACAAAACGAAAUGAAUUAUUAUCAAAAAAUAAUAUAUGAAAAUAAAGAAAAGUUUUUUCAAAAAUUGAAUUCAUGUGUGCUGCUUGAUUCAUGAAAGUUUUGAAGUGAAUUUAUAUGUAUGCCGACAAUUUUUGAUAGUGCCUAAUAAACAUUUAUGUUCACCCCACAGAAAAAAGUAUAUACAUUUAUAAAGUGAAGAAGAAGUAACAAUAAUAAUAAUCAUAAAACAGUAAAUGCAUCAUCUCCAAAUCUGGUGAUAAUUUUCUACAGAAAUUAACAGAAAAAAAGUAACAAAAAGAAGAUAUAGAGGAACACAAAAAAACAUUUCUACUGUUUACUAAUAAUUUUUAACGUUUUUGAUCUAUUGGUGCUUAAAUGUGAUAAACAUUAAAACUGUUAUAAUCGUGAUUCUAAAUUUACAUUGACUCAUAACCUGCCUAAUUUUUUAUCCACAAAAUAUACUUCCCUGGAUAUAAAAUUCACAUCUCAUCUUCUAAUUGAAUUUCUGGAGUAAAGAAUAGCAGACAUUUCGAUGAGCUACUUUAUGUCCAACGAAUGAUGUUUAAUAGAUUUCUAAGAAAACGACUUAAGAAAAAGUCAACGUCAUUAUCAUCUAUGAAAAAGUAAGGCGAGUAGAAGCUGUAAUAACAACGAACCACGUAGCAAAACAAAUCAUCAGACUAAUCCAUAAAAAAGCCGAAAAUAUAAUAUGUAUUAAUAUAAUAUAAAAACAGCGAAAAGACAUAACAAAACGCGUAAAACAAAUAAGCAAAAAAAAUACCAGUAUAGUUUAUAUAAAUAUAAAAGAAAUAAUAUCAUUCGUUCAUCGACAUUUUGGUUGACGCAGAAAGAUAGAAAGAACGAGGAGAGAGAAGACAGUAAAAGAUAUAAAAAUAAAACUACAAACACACAAGAACUGUGAAAAAUUAUAUUUUGGAUUUUUAUAUAUGCUACCUAUAUUCAAUAACGGAUCGGAUGAAAUGACAUCAGCAACAAGCAUGGACAUUAGCGAAUCAUUUCGACCCGAAGAUUUGUCUAAAACAGAUUUUUUUGAUUUUGUAACAGCACCUCCGGAACAAGAGCAAGAAAGCAAUCAAGGCACUCAGAGCGGCAAUAAUGUUAAUAGCAAUAGUAAUAAUGAUCAGCAGCCACUACAGGGUUUCGAUCAAUUUUGGGGUGCAGAAAAAGAAACACAGCAACGCUUAGAAACUGCCAUAUUCGAAGACUUAAAUCGUUAUUGUUGGAAUCAACAGCAGAACACAGCAAACAUUUCAAUCUCAACUGCCACAAAUAACAGUAGCAACAGUACUACUUCAGGUCCUUCAUUGAUCAAUGCUGAUGGACAGAUUUACACGAUAACCGUACUGAAUAGUAGUUCAUCAACGGAUCAAUGGUUAAGAAAAGACAUCACAACGAGCAGCAGUAGUGAACAAGCAAACGGCUUGGAUAUCAAUUUGGAUACAAUAUUGAACAAUUAUCCGUACGUUAAAACGGAAUGCUUUUCUUAUGAAGACAGCGGCUUUAGUUCAAAGGACGAUAUAAGUAAUUUUCAACAGCAGCAUGGAUCGGCUACAGCUCCACAAAUUCUUCAGCCACAAUCAAAUGUUACCACGACAAGUAUUAUGCUUGAAAGUACUCUAAGCGCGUCUAGCGAUUUAAUUAAUUAUACCGAUGUGUCAAACAAUAAUGCGGAGUGGAGUAUGGAGCAGAAUGAAAUCAAAGACUGGGAAACAAAUGAAGCGAUAUCGAAUGAAUCACCAGAAUCAUUACUGAGAUCGGCUUUACAGGGUAAAGGUUAUGCGAAAACAGUACAUCUACAGACGCUCAUUCCGUCACAGAACAAGCAAGAUGAAGAGCUUCGGCGUGUCUUAUUUAACAAUGAUCAAGAAACACUUACGUUUGCCGAUUCCACACUGUCUAAUGCUCUCUUUGAUGACAGCCAAAAUCCUCAAUCAACACUUUCGCAAACAACGGCAGGUGUUGUAGAUGAAAUCUUUCUAACACUUGACAAUGCAUUUAGCGAAGAGCUGAAUAAUAACAAUGAAUGGAAUAUUGAUCGGAAUGAUAUAAAAAAUUGGGAAACAUGUGAGCCUGAUGUCAGAACAAAUAUGAUCCGCAAGAAACAAGUACCGCGCCAUCCAAAUGAUGUUAAUGAGUUCAACUCAAACGAUAAAGAUAUUACGUCGCCCACGCUUCAUUCAAAUGGUUUAGCGAACGGAAAUGGCAUAUUGACAGACUCAAAAAAAUCAUGGUCUCAAACACUCAUCUCGUCGGAUGGGUCGCGAAGUAUGAAAUCAACAAAAAAGUACAAAAAACCAAUUAAUUCAAUUAACAAUAAUAUCAUCAAUAAUAAUGGAAUCGCAACAACUACAACAUCAUCAGUUCAGAAUAAUAGUUCAAAUAAUAUGAGCUCGGCUGCUGCUGCUGGAACGACUGUAUGCAAUGGUAUCAGAAAAGAACGUUCACUUCACUACUGCUCUAUUUGUUCAAAAGGUUUCAAGGAUAAAUAUUCAGUGAAUGUUCAUAUUCGUACACAUACAGGUGAAAAGCCAUUUCAAUGUAGCCUGUGCGGUAAAAGUUUCCGUCAGAAAGCACAUUUAGCUAAGCAUUAUCAAACGCAUUUACAAAAGAGCACAAAUGGUGGCAAUGUGAAGUCAAAGCACCAUCAAAAACAUUCCAUAGCCAAUUCGACAUCAUCACAACCUAUAACACAAACUCCAAGCCUCAACGUGAUAAAUGUUGUAGCAGGUAGAUAAAUUCAUGAGCAUUCAUAUCCACUGCCACUACUGCCACAAAAGAAAGAAAAAUGCAAAUUCUUUCUCGUCUUAUUUAUUUAUUAUUUGCAAAUACUUCUGAGAUAUUUUCGAGAUAUGAAAAUUGUUGUAUAUAGGUAGUAUCUAUUUAAAAUGAAUUAAGUAAGGGAUCGUUCACAUAUGACGUCCAGGGGGGGGGGGGGGGGGGGGGGGGGGGGGGUCAGCAAGAAAAGAACAAUAAAAAUUCCUGGAAAUUCAUUGUCGUACAUCAUAAUUGAACGACCCCUUAGUAUGAUGAAGCUGAAAAGUAUACAUUCGUCCAGAAGAUGUGGUUAGACCUUAUUUAUCUUCCCAAAUUUAGUAUCUUUUUUUGAUAAACUUAUCGCCACAUGUUAAACCUAAAUUGGAUACCAUUGAGAAAUAAGACUUGCCCACAAAUUCUGGACACGUGUUUAAUCUAUAUCAGUGCUUCUCAAUUUAUAGCCCUAUCUGUGUCGCGAAAAGAACUUUUUAGGGAGUAAAAUUAAGAAAAGGAAAUUUUACAAGAAUGAGGUAAUGGAUAGGAAUAGGAAAGUUAUAGAUUAGACGUCAUUCAAGAGAGAUUAAUUUAAUGAAGUAUAAAAUCUCUUAAGACACUUAGCGUUGUGCUAAUAUCAAGCAAAUAGUCUUAAUUGCCAUUCAAAAAAGUUUAUCUACAUAUUAUUUAAAUGAAGCGCGAACAAAACAGCUCUUUAGGUUCUGUUUUUUACUGUUGAUAUAUACAUAAUAUAUACUUUAAUACAUAAAACGUUUAUUUCACUAUUCAGUAAUAAAUUACAUCCGUAUACAAACUGCAAUUUUUUUUUUAUUUAGCUCGCAACUGCAUCGCUCAUGCUUUUAAUAUUUCUUCUAUAUUUUUUUUAUUUCCUAGAAUGAAUGAGAAAAAAUAAAAUCUUUGCAAGAUGAAGAAAAUGAAUCAUAUAUGACGUAGACUGAAUAUUUAGUGGAAUGCAUUUCUUAUAUUAGAGAAAUUUUUUAUUUAACGCCGUAUCGAAUCAAUUUUGAGAGACUUUUAUACGAUUUUUUUUUACGAAUUUGAUGAUGAAAAGAUUUCUUCUUGUUGUUCUUGUUUAAGAAAUUUUUGACUAUACGUACUUACUAUACAUGAUUGAAUCAAGGAAUAAAGAUUUAUGUAAUUUCCGAUCUCUAAUUAUAUAAUUUUCAAACGAAAAGCAAUUUUAAACUACUUUUUAUGUAUCUUUAAAUAGUUUUUUCUUUUUUAAUAAUUCAUGAAGUUAACAGGAGUUAUUAAUUUUAUUGAAGAUAUUAAGAUUUUUUUGGAAAUAUUGCUCAUUAAAUUUUCAACGGUUGAAUAAAAUUUGAAAUUUCGGAAAGAUUUUGAAAGCAAUUGUGGGGUUUUUAAACACAAAAAUUCAUUUUACAAAACCUUACAAAUUCAAAAAAAUUACGAACAUUUGAAAGGUUUUGUAAAUAAUAUGACCUGAUUUUACGACCUUAAUUUAAGAAUCUAUCUUCUAAAAGUGAGCAGCAGCCAACACAUAAAAAAUCAAGAAAUAAAUCUCAAUUUAAAUCAAAAAUACCAAGCAUAUCCAAUAAAUUAUUAAUAUUCAAUUAUGACUCCUGGAAACAAAUAAGCAUUUUUAUAUGCUAGAAACCACGAAAAAUUCAUGCUGUGAUUUUCGUUUACUGUAUUUUUGAAUUUUAAUAUUAUUAAAUUAAAUUGUUUAUUAACUAGUUAAUUAUAUUCAUAUUAUAGCUAAAUGAAAUUAAAGCAAAAUACAUUAUAUUUAUUAUUCUAAAUAACGUUAUAUAUCAUUUGUUGUUGUCAUCAAGAGAUUACAAAUAAUAAUAAUUUAUUGAAUCUUAUAAAGAAGAGAAAAAAAAUUUACACACAAUGAUUGCUUGCCAUGUGCGGUUAAACCGCUUUUAAAUCUCUCGAUGAUGAUAAUAUGAAAGACAUAAAAAAAAGUAUGAAAUAAAUUUUCCGAUUUUCAUUUUUUUUUUAUGAAUCAAUUAAGUUUAUAUUGAAAAUGCAAGAAAUUUAAUGUGCGUUUUAGAAACGACACCGCCGGUUGGGACAAUAAGUGGAUGUGCUCAAUAAAAGUUUUUUUUUAUUGAUAAAACAUCACUUUUAGAAGUAAUAAGUAGAACUUUAGAAGCUAUUUUAUAACAAAUGAAUGAAAUACAAUUUUGAUUACCAUUAGCUGUUGUAGAUGAUCAUGAAAGAAAUAGAAGGAGAUGAAAUUUAUGUUUUGUCAUUUAGUAAAUUUUUUUAUAAAACUCGUUAUUUUUUAAUGUAAGUUUAAAAUAUAAUUUAUUAUCAAAAUAUUGUUUGAUGUUUUGUUUAUUUUACUUUUAUUUGACUGUCAACUGCUAAAAUGCUGACGUUUUGUUUCAGGUGUUAAUAAAUUUUCAGCUUUUAGGCCAUUAUAAGCUGGUAGCUGCUACCUUGUUUAAUUUUACAGCACUUUAAUAGUUUUCGAUAUUUAAAAUUUUCUUAUUUACAGUAAAUGACAGCCACUUCUAUGUUGAUAAAACCCAAAAAAAAUUUUGUUUUUCGCAUAUUUCUAUUGAGAGGAUUGAAGAAAAAAAAGGUUUGAAAUUUUUUUGUUAAAUUCUAGCACAGAUCUGAUUUUUGAUCCAGGAAAUGAGAUCAUUUAAAAUAAAUUCAAUUUACUUACAAUGUAAGCAAAGAAGCUAGUAUAAUAAAGAAAUUUAAAUUCCUUUUCUUAUUGGCUUCGGUGAGAAAAUCACUUUUACAGGUUUGCACAAUUCCAAUUCGUUAGAUGGCUUUACUGAUAAACAAAUUGAUAUGUCGACUUGUGACGGCUCUGUCCAGAUUCCACUGUUGUGAUAAUAAAUCAGUGAUUAGUAAUUUGUACGAGUAAAACAACCAGUAUACUUACUGAGAUAACAAUAUAUUUGUUCUUAAUCGCCAGCUGUUUAACAUCUCACUUCCAUUUUCUCCAAUUAUUCUCUUUAAAUCUCUUAAGCGUGGCAUGACGACGUGAAUGUUUUGAUCUGGAUAUUUAAUUUUUAUCCUCAAAUUCUCACGCUGGCAUUCUUGUAAUUGCUCAAUUUCAGCAUGUAUCGGAAGUGCUGCUAUUAAACCAGCAGUAACUUUAAUAACAUUUUCAUUAGACAUUGCUUCAUCAGGCUCAAUGAUUCUGGCUGUGC